AGCUAGGCGCAAGUAAAAGCACCUUGCUGUUUUCGUAAUGUCUGAAGCUGGGCAUAUUUACCUAAAGUCUGACACUGUAUGAUUGCACUCGAUCGCCCUGAAAAAUGGCAUACAGAUAUGUUUCACUUGCCAGAAAGGGGCAACGAAUUCUUCAAAGACUUGUGCCCUCAAAUUGUUCAUAUCAAGAAAUGCAGAGGAAUCUUCAUUUAUUCACACGGUUAGCUAGUCAUCAACAUAUAGGUCCCCUACUACGUGAAUGGUCAGUAUUUCGUCAGAAUGUACCAAAGGGCUUUGAGAAAUACUUUCCAGGAGGCAAGAAGGCAGCAGGGAAAGAACAGCCGACCAAACCAAAAGAGCCAGUCAAACCCUCCGAGCCCCCUCCUUCCAAAUCUGGAUUUUCACAGAGGCCGUCUCAAGGCUCUGAAAAAAGAGUAGAGUUUUCUUUUCAAAUUGGAAAGGGGAGAAGCCCUUUUGGUGACCCCAAUGACCCCAACACCAGAUUGUUGAUUGGCCUGAUCACUGGCGUCAGUCUUGUGGGUCUGAUCGGACUCUAUCAGACUCAGUAUAAGGAGAUAACAUGGAAGGAAUUUGUCUCCAACUACCUCUCACGGGGAAGCGUUGAAAAAUUAGAAGUAGUCAAUAAGAAGUGGGUGAGGAUCAAGCUGAUUCCAGGAACACAGGUGGACGGAUCGAGUAUGAUAUGGUUCAACAUAGGCAGUGUUGAAGCAUUUGAAAGAAACCUGGAGAAUGCACAGCUAGAAAUGAAUAUCGAACCAUCCAACUUUGUCAAUGUUGUCUAUAAAACAGAAACAGAAAUAGCAUCCGUCGCAUAUUCUGCACUGAACAUCAUUCUCCCCAUUGCAAUUUUGAUAUGGCUUAUAAGACGUUCCUCAAACAUGUUUCAGGGGGGUCAGGGAGGUACUCGAAGAGGAGGAGGGGGGAUAUUUGGCUUCGGUCAGACAACAGCUAAAAUCAUGAAGGAAGACAUUGGUGUCAAAUUCAAGGAUGUAGCUGGUUGUGAGGAGGCCAAGGUGGAGAUCAUGGAGUUUGUGAAUUUCCUGAAGAAUCCCCAGCAGUACAUUGACCUGGGAGCCAAGAUCCCCAAGGGAGCCAUACUGACGGGGCCCCCAGGGACAGGCAAGACUCUGCUGGCCAAGGCCACGGCAGGGGAGGCCAAUGUGCCUUUCAUCACAGUGUCGGGGUCGGAGUUCCUCGAGAUGUUUGUUGGCGUUGGUCCCUCCAGGGUCCGAGACAUGUUUUCCAUGGCCAGGAAGAACGCUCCGUGUAUUCUGUUUAUUGACGAGAUCGAUGCUGUGGGGAGGAAGCGAGGGGGGCGCAGUAUUGGCGGACACAGUGAGCAGGAAAAUACACUCAAUCAGCUCCUGGUGGAGAUGGACGGUUUCAACACACAAAGUGGUGUUGUUGUGUUAGCAGCAACAAAUAGAGUAGACAUUCUAGAUGGUGCUCUUCUACGGCCUGGCAGAUUUGAUAGGCAGAUCUUUGUACCGGCUCCUGACAUCAAAGGGAGAGCAUCUAUUUUUAAAGUGCAUUUAAAGCCCCUCAAGACCCGGGUAGACAAGGAAGAAUUGUCACGGAAAAUGGCGGCACUCACACCAGGGUUUUCAGGUGCUGACAUAGCAAAUGUUUGUAACGAGGCAGCCUUGAUAGCAGCAAGAGAUCUGAACACUGAAAUCAACAUCAUGCAUUUCGAGCAGGCCAUUGAGAGAGUUGUUGCAGGUUUGGAGAAGAAGACCCAGGUACUGCAGCCCGAAGAGAAGAAGACUGUGGCAUACCACGAGGCGGGUCACGCGGUGGCAGGGUGGUACCUGGAGCACGCUGACCCCCUCCUCAAGGUGUCCAUCAUCCCCCGGGGCAAGGGACUCGGCUAUGCCCAGUAUCUCCCCAAGGAACAGUAUUUGUACACUAAAGAACAGCUGCUGGACAGAAUGUGCAUGACCCUAGGUGGCCGUGUGUCGGAACAUAUCUUCUUCAAUAGGAUCACAACAGGUGCCCAGGACGACUUGAGAAAGGUCACACAGAAUGCAUACGCACAGGUGGUCCAAUUCGGCAUGAACGAGAGGGUGGGCCAGUUGUCCUUUCAGAUGCCUAGUCAGGGCGAGAUGGUGUUUGACAAGCCUUACAGUGAACAGACAGCUCAAAUUAUUGACGAAGAAGUCCGGAACAUUAUACAGGAUGCUUACAAGCGGACGCUAGAAUUGCUGACUAAGCACAAAGCAGAUGUAGAGAAGGUUGCUCUUCGGCUUCUUGCCAAAGAAAAGCUGGACAAGGAUGAUAUGGUGGAACUACUAGGAGCUCGUCCCUUUGCUGAGAAGUCUACCUAUGAAGAGUUUGUGGAAGGGACAGGUUCAUUUGAAGAGGACACGUCGUUGCCCAAAGGUCUGGAGAGCUGGAACAAAGAACGUGACAAUAAAGACUCUGAGACCCCCGAAAAGCCAGAGAAGGCCACCAGCUAGCCACGUGGUUCGCCUAGAGUUGACUACCCUGGCUAGAGUCAACCUGUUGUGGCCAGACCAACUGACUGGGUCCCCCAUCUUUUCUAAAUUGAAACGUGAUUGUGAUCACGUAAAGGACUGAUCAUGUGAAGUGCUAAGAACUUCUGCAAUCAUUCUACAAGUUUGUGCUGUUUGAGCUGGAUUUAGAUUCUCAAAGCCUGUGUCAUGGUUGUCAUGUAUGUGUUACCAUGGUUAAAGACAAAACAUCAGAUUGUAGAUAUAGUCACUUUUUCGAAUAAUAUGACUCGUAAUUUUGUUUUGUCAAUGAGCUAUGCAGUCAACUGAGAUAUUUGACCAUGUUUAUAGACAUAGAUCUACAUGACAUCUAACUUUACAAAGAAAAUAUUCUUGUAAAAAAAGACUCUUUUUACCUGACAGGAAAUUGAGACGAUACUGACCAUAUGGAACUGAAAUCAGUGUUCUUGUGAACCAUUAUAAACAAUAGAAAUAAUUAUUUGCUCCUGAAAUUACUGGAAAUAAUAACUUUGGCUCAGUUUUUACACAGACAUUGAUAAAAUGCAGGAGGCCUGAAAAAGUGAUGUUGAAAUUUAUAUUUGUUCAGCUCCUCCUUUGAGAGAGAAAAAUUGUAUGUCUUGAAACAGCGAGUAAAGAACUAUUCUGUGUCCAUCAUAAUUCCCAGGCCUCCCAGAAUAUUCAAUGGUCAGUCCGUACUACAGCUGUUAAAAGUGACGAACGGACCAACAGCUUUUCAAGAUUUCAAAGACUCUCCGCAUAUGCCAUUAAAGUGAAAUUUGAGAUAAUUACAUGACAAUGACACUGUGCCACUAUAGGGCAAUACACCACCUGACGAUGCAGCUGAAGUGUUGAUGAAUGAGUCGCGUGCCUCUGCCAGUUGGAGAAAGUUGUGUAUAUGUGUGAUGUAUGUCUGUUGUUAGAACGACCCUGGGCUACUGGGUGGGUGCAUCACCCGCCUAUCAUGUUGAAGUGAUUAAUGUAAUGUAUUUAAUAAAAACAAAAGAUAUACAUUGUU